ACAGGAAGUGUAAGGGACACUGUAGUCACAGAAUGAUCACAGGGCCUUGUGCAGCUCAGACAGACAUCAGGAGAGAUCUGUCUAGACCUCCCAUGGUGAGAGAAUGAGACUGAGACCAGUCACGGGGGAAUCACAACGCCAACAUACAUCAACACAUAUGGGGAACAUGCUUCUCCAACUUUUCUUCCUGCUUCAAUUGGAUCCUAUGAAGGCCGAAGAGAAAGAAAACAAUUUCUGCUCUGGAGAAGCCCCAGCUCCAUCUCAGUAUGCGGCCGCUCGGUGCUUUGUUUCAUGUAACAGAAGUACUCCAGAGUGUAAGCCCCAGGUGAUAGAGAGAUUCUGGAUAAAGAAGUUCGAAGAAUUGGCUAAAGAAAACUCACCAGUGCCUGUUUUGGAUGAAACUAUGGUGAAGGCAACCAUCCAGAAUAUCGCUGUCAACACUUCCCAAGACCUCUUCUUCUCCAUCUCACCAUCUCAGGUGCCAGUGACACUGACUGGGAAUGAGAUGGAGGCACUUGACAGAGUCCGGCUCCCCAGAAGCCUAUUUGAAAGCCUGAGGCCAAGCAUGAGCUCCGUCCGAGUCAUCCUGGCAGUCAUCAACAUUGGAGAAGGGCAAAUAUUCAAGGGUUCAGCCACUGGCCAGCCGUUCAGCAGCUCUGUGCUAGACAAUCGCAUGGUAGGCAUUCAGGUUGGAACUGAGCCCAUCAAGGAUCUGGUCGAACCUGUGGAGAUCACCUUCUCCCACAAGCAGCAGCGCCAGAACCUCCAAUGCGUUUUCUGGGAUGAUAAUAAAGGCACAACUGGAGACUGGAAACCCAUGGGUUGCUUCACAGAGCAGGGAACCAACCAGACCAUCUGCCGCUGUGAUCACCUGACCUUCUUUGCCCUAUUGCUGAAGCCAGUCCUUGAUGCCACCACAGUGAAGUCUCUGAUUCGAAUCUCUCUUGCUGGCUGUGGCACCUCUCUGUGCUUCCUGUUUUUCACCGUAAUCCUCUAUUUUGCUCUGAGGUUCACAAGGCAGAGGUUCAAGUCAGAAGAUGCCCCCAAGAUCCAUGUGGCCCUUAGUAUCAGCUUGGCCCUUCUGAAUCUCACCUUCAUCAUCAGUCUGGGACACAACUCUCCAGAGCAAGGAGCCUCCUGCCGGGCACAGGGAGGGAUCUUCCACUACUUCCUGCUCUGUUGUUUCACCUGGAUGGGGAUUGAGGCCUUCCAUCUGUACCUGCUGGCUAUCAAGAUCUUCAACAUAUACAUAAGCCACUACUUCCUGAAGCUCUGUCUGGUGGGCUGGGGACUUCCCAUUUUAGUGGUCUUUAUCACUGGAUGCACCAGCAGCUAUGGGCGUUACACCAUUAAGGAUGGGGCUAACCAUACCACCUUGGAGCUAUGCUGGAUAGAGAACAGAACAGCUCUGCACAUCACAGUCCAUGGCUACUUCAUUGUCACCUUCCUCUUUGGUGGCGUGGUCCUGGGCCUGGUAGCUUGGAAGAUUUUCCACCUCCGUGGCUCCAAGGCAGGCAAGGAACAGAGCCCGACCUGGAAGGGAAUCAUCACUGUGUUCAGCCUCUCCUGCUUGGUGGGGGGAACAUGGGGGUUGGUCCUCCUCACCCCAUUUGGCUUGACUGCCAUCUAUGCCUUCACACUACUAAACUCUCUCCAAGGUGUUUUCAUGUUCUCCUGGUUUGCCAUCCUUUUCUACCCAAGUCUAAGAGAGGAGUCUUCCUCCAGUACUGCCAAGACAAACCACAGCAAUUCUGCAUCCCGGGAGUAGGCAGGUCCAUGCCUCUUUCAACACUGAUGUCUGGAGGAACUGACACCAGCUUGUGGGCCUGGUGAUUGAGGGGAGACCCAGGGCUCGGCAGCAAAUACCAACCCGGCCCUAGACUUCUUCACUGCAGCUCACUCAAGUCAGUCUGAUUCUCCUCCAAAUGGGCAGAGGAGUCUGGCAAUGGCACAGCAACCAACUCCAAAAUUGUGAAGAUGAUGAGAUUGGUCUUUGGGAUUCUAUUAACCUCUCCUUUUGAGACUGUGCCUGAUUUUCUCCUCCUAUCCCCUCAUUGUUCUCCCCCACCAAAACCCUCCAACCUUGACCAGAGAUCCCCCUCAAAAAAUCUUAGAUCUUGGAGGAACCUUAGUGGUUACCUACAGUUUAAAGGUUCUCAACUUCUUUUUGUGUGUCAUGGACCCCUCAGCUAGUCUGGUGGAACUUUCUCAGAAUAACGCUAUUAAAUGCAUAAAUAAAACAUAUCACAAAGGAAACCAAU